AAUAAAAUUAAUAGGUUGACCCACCUUCCAAGGUAACGGCGGGUACUAUUACUACUACUACUAAAUCUAUAGCGUCUCUCUACAGCGUCACUUUACAUUAGUUAGACUCGUUUUCCCUUUACAAAACCUCUAACAAAAGUAAAACCACUCCCGGCGAACCCUCCGAGCCCCCGGAGCUCUUGUAUCACCUACGGCAAUAGUAAACAACUCGACGACGUAACACAACAAAAAUAAACACCCAGACCACACCUUAGUAAAUUACUAAAUUACUGAAUUCAACUAGACUUGUGUUACCCAGGUCCGAUUCCUUGUCGUUCCGACCUUCUCUAGCAUUCACUCAGUCGACUCCUAAUAUCCGGAUGAAGAAUAAUGCAGCAUCCACACUUCGUAUGAUUUAUACGCACUACGGUUGACCGGGAACGCCUCCGCCGCGGAAACCGUCUUUUUCUCGUGACAUCAACUUUUUAAAGCCAAGAUCGCGGAUUUCGUCUCGAAAUUCUACCAUGGCUCCCGAAGAUAGCCAGGGACCCUUGGGAUUAAAUCCCAAAUUAAAAAUUAAGAUCGCUAUUGAUAGAGGCGGCACUUUCACUGAUUGUCUGGGCAUAAUCGACGGGCGGGAAGAUGAUAUUGUAGUCAAGAUUCUGUCCCAGGACCCCUCUAAUUACGACGAUGCCCCUAUCGAAGGUAUUAGGCGUAUUCUCGAAAACGCCACCGGAAAGACUUUUCCUCGUAAUGAGCCAAUCGACACUUCUCAAUUCGAGGAGCUCAGCAUUCGUAUGGGAACUACCGUAGCGACAAAUGCACUGUUAGAGCGCAAGGGCGAGAAAGUUGCUCUUCUCAUCACUGAAGGUUUUUCGGAUAGUUUGAAAAUUGGUCUUCAAUCACGUCCAAAGUUAUUUGAUUUGAACAUUGUCCGCCCGGAUGUGCUGUAUGAAAAGGUUGUCGAAGUCGCUGAAAGAGUCACAGUUGAAGGCUAUCAACAGAACCCGUUCUACGAAGAAGAAAUCGUAGCCAUUCGCAAAGCAGCAGAGAGCGAUCCAAACCUAGUUCAGGGCCUCAACGGCCAAUAUAUCCGAAUACUCAAGCCUUUAGACAAAGACCGCGUCAGAAAAGACUUACAAGGUCUUUACGAUGAGGGGUUUCGCAGCAUAUGCGUUUGUCUUGCUCAUUCAUAUACCUUCCAAGAUCAUGAACGGGCUGUCAAGGACAUAGCAUCUGAGAUUGGGUUUCCUCAGGUGACGCUAUCAUGCCUCACCUUGCCCAUGAUCAAGAUGAUUUCCAGAGGUAUGUCAGCUACAGCGGACGCUUAUCUUACACCAGUCAUACAGCAGUAUAUUUCGGGAUUUCAGUCAGGUUUCACAGACCGAUUACAAUCGUCCAAUACUCGUUGUGCUUUCAUGCAAAGUGAUGGGGGUCUGGUAGAUGUGAGGAAGUUCAGUGGUCUCCGGGCCGUUCUUUCGGGUCCUGCAGGAGGCGUCGUUGGCCACGCCGGCACUAGUUACGACCCGGAGGAUAAGAUACCAAUCAUCGGAUUCGACAUGGGUGGCACGAGCACUGACGUUUCCCGAUUUGAUGGCAUAUUCGAACAUACCUUCGAAAACAUCACGGCAGGGAUAAGCAUAAUGGCUCCACAGCUCGACAUAAACACAGUUGCCGCUGGCGGAGGGAGUAUCCUGCAUUGGAGACACGGCCUCUUUGCCGUAGGACCUGACUCGGCAGCCGCACAUCCGGGUCCGGCGUGUUAUCGCAAAGGCGGCCCCCUAGCUAUCAGCGAUGCAAACGCCUUAACAGGCCGUCUUUUACCUGAUUAUUUCCCCAAGAUCUUCGGAAAGAGCGAGAACGAACCGUUAGAUGUUGAAAUUACUCGAAAGAAGUUCGCCGAGCUCGCCGCGCAGAUCAACACGGAGACGGGCCAAAACAAGACCCCCGAAGAGGUCGCUAUGGGGUUUAUCGAAGUCGCGAACGAAACGAUGGCAAAACCGAUACGUGCUUUAACCGAAGCCCGCGGGUACGAUACGUCCACUCACCAUCUCGCCUGCUUUGGCGGUGCUGGAGGCCAACAUGCCUGUGCUAUCGCAACGUCGUUAUCAAUUACUAGAGUCAUCAUUCAUCGCUACUCAUCCAUCCUCUCUGCAUAUGGCAUGGCACUCGCCGAACUUGUGCAUGAGGCCCAGAAGCCUAGCUCUGGCGUUUUUACCGCGGCUGAGUCCGUCUCACCAACUGUUAAUGAGUUGAAAGAGGAGGUGACAAAGGAACUCGAACUUGAUGGAAUCCCCAGAGGCCGUAUCAAGCAUGAAGUUUACCUCAAUCUAAAAUACCAGGGAACUGACAACAGCCUUAUGAUCCUCGAGCCAGCCGAUGGCGACUAUCUUGCAGAAUUCACCCGCCAACACCAGCGAGAGUAUUCGUUUACCUUCCCAGAUAAGAACGUCCUUCUUGAAGAUAUCCGCGUUCGCGGUAUUGGACAGUCCAUGGACAGUCCCAAUGAGUCACCGAAUCGCGAGCUUUCCUCUGUUGCGAAAUUUGACGCCGCGAAGUCAGAUGAAGAUGGAAAAUCUUCUGUAUACUUUUCCGGAUAUGGUUGGACAGACUCGCCUAUCUACCUACUGGAAAAAUUGAAACCCGGAUGUGUUAUUCAAGGACCGGCUACGAUCAUCGAUAACACUCAGACUAUAAUUGUUGAGCCUCUUGUGAAGGCGACAGUUCUAAGCCGCCAUGUCAUACUAGAUCUUCCUUCCAAGAGGACACAGACGUUGAGUCCGACGGUGAUAGAUCCUAUUCGAUUGUCGAUAUUUGGACACAGAUUCAUGUCAAUUGCCGAACAGAUGGGGAGAACUUUUCAAAAGACAUCGGUCUCUACUAAUAUCAAAGAGCGCUUGGACUUUUCAUGUGCGCUUUUCUCUCCCGAUGGUCGCCUCGUCGCCAAUGCGCCCCAUGUUCCGGUCCAUUUGGGCUCGAUGGAGUACGCCGUCAGGUUCCAGAAUGAGAGAUAUCGAGAUACCCUUAAGCCAGGCGACAUUCUCUGCAGCAAUCAUCCCGUAGCUGGAGGUGUACACCUUCCUGACAUUACAAUCAUGACACCGAUAUGGGAUGCGGAAGAGAAAGACAUUAUCUUCUGGGUCGCUUCUCGGGGUCACCAUCCCGACGUGGGUGGGAUUAGUCCUGGCUCUAUGCCUUCUAACAGUAAGUUUCUAUACGAGGAGGGCGCUGCCACGAUAAGCUAUAAGAUCGUCAGCGGUGGUAUUUUCAAUGAAAAAGAGACGCGCCGGUUCCUGUACGACGAACCCUCCAAAUAUGCCGGAUGCAGCGGAUCUCGUAACUACAAAGACAACCUUUCCGACAUGCGCGCCGCGAUUGCAGCUAACAGAAAGGGCGCUAAUCUGAUCGACGCGCUCGUCAGGGAGUUUACCUUACCCGUCGUGCACAGAUACAUGAACGCGAUCGCAGAAAAUGCCGAAGUGGCGGUUAGGAACUACCUGCGCUCGGUAGCGAAGAAGCUCGACGGCAAGCCGAUCUCGUUCGAAGACUACAUGGACGACGGGUCGGCGAUCGUCCUGAAGAUCCAGAUCGACGGCGAGACGGGGAACGCGGUGUUCGAUUUCACCGGCACCUCGGAAGAGACGCUCAACUGCCUCAACGCCCCGAAGGCCAUCACCUAUUCGGCGGUUAUAUACUCGCUGAGAUGUCUUAUCAAUCAGGACAUACCGCUGAACCAGGGGUGCAUAGCCCCCAUCGACAUCGUCCUCCCCGAAGGCACGAUCCUGAACCCGUCCUCGUGGGCGGCCGUCUGCGCGGGCAACAGCAUCACCUCGCAGCGGGUCACCGACGUGAUCCUGGGCGCCUUCCACGCGGCGGCCGCGUCGCAGGGGUGCGUCAACGUGUUCGGCUUCGGCAUGGGCGGCACGGACGGCGCCGGCAACGAGGUGCCGGGGUUCGGGUACAUCGAGACGAUCGCGGGGGGGUCGGGGGCCGGGCCGGGCUGGCACGGCGCGUCGGGCGUGCACACGCACAUGUCCAACACGCGGUGCGCCGACCCGGAGGUCUACGAGCUGCGGUACCCGGUCGUCCUGCGGCGGUGGACGCUCCGGGCUGGGUCCGGCGGCGCCGGGAGGUUCCGCGGCGGCGACGGGUGCGUGCGCGACGUCGAGUUCCGCGUCCCGCUGCAGGUGUCGGUGCUCAGCGAGAGGCGCGUCACGCGGCCGUACGGUCUGGAGGGCGGGCGUCCGGGGGCUGCGGGGAAGAACCUAUACGUCAAGAAGGAGGGGGGGAAGGAGAGGAUUAUUAAUAUCGGGGGGAAGAUGGAGUUGCAUGUGGUUCCGGGGGAGAGGGUUAUUAUUAAUACUCCUGGCGGAGGUGGAUGGGGCACGCCGGAGGAAGACGACGGACCGGAGCUGGGAAAGGGGGGUUCUACGAAUGGUGCCACGGCGACGAAACAGUUCGAACCACGAGGGAGUGUUCAUAAUUGGACUUUGGCUGCAGAGGGGAUCUGA